AUGGGACGUAUUGGAGCUGGUCAUUUGCCUGUUUUAUUUUCAAUAAAUUUUGUCGCAAUGUUAGUCAUUACAUAUUCUUUUUCUGUUUGGAGAGGAGAUGUUGACCCCGUUUUCCCCUAUAUUUCGGCUUCUGGUGAUUCCAGGCCUGAAUCCUGUAUAUUUUCUAUGUUUUUGAAUGUUUGUGCUUUCUUUAUUGAGUUGAUUGUUAUUCUCAGAUACCAUUUGGUCGCCGAAUUACUUUCUCAAAAUUCAGAUCAAGAGUAUCAGCCUAUUUCUCUAGCAAAUAUCCUUUCACUUUUUGCUGGUCUUCUCGGGGGUGUUGGAAUGUUUAUAGUUGCUAAUUUUCAAGAAACUGCUGUUAUACAGAUACAUCUGACUGGUAUAAAAAUUAAUUCGUAA